GGCCGCGUUCUCCGCCGGCCGAUAGAUGACGUUCGUUCCACCUACCAUUUCGUCCGCGAGCUCGGCCGAGGGCAGUUCGGCGUAACCUACUUGAUCACUCACCGGGAAACUGGAGAAUCGUUCGCCUGCAAAACGAUCGCCACCAGACGACUGAUGAAUGGCGAAAUGGUGGAAGACGUCCGCCGUGAAGUUCAGAUCAUGCAUCAUCUAACCGGCCAUCGGAACAUCGUUGAGUUGAAAGGGGCUUAUGAGGAUCGGCAAUCGGUGAAUCUGAUCAUGGAGCUUUGCGAGGGUGGGGAGCUUUUCGAUCGGAUUGUUGAGCGCGGCUAUUAUUCGGAAAGAGCGGCCGCGUUGCUGUGCCGGGAGAUUAUCACGGUGGUUCAUGACUGCCACUCGCUUGGUGUUAUGCAUAGGGAUCUCAAGCCGGAGAACUUCUUGUUCUUGAGCAAAGAUGAGGAUUCACCUCUGAAAGCUACGGAUUUCGGGCUGUCCGUUUUCUUCAAGCCUGGGGAUACAUUCAGUGACCUUGUUGGGAGCGCAUACUAUGUAGCUCCUGAGGUACUGAGACGACAUUAUGGUGUGGAGGCUGAUAUCUGGAGUGCUGGAGUAAUACUCUACAUCCUUCUUACUGGUGUACCUCCUUUUUGGGCAGAGAAUGAACAGGGUGUGUUUGAAGCUAUUCUACAGGGUCAUGUAGAUUAUAUUUCAGAUCCUUGGCCUUCUAUCUCCACUGACGCGAAAGAGUUAGUGAGUAGCAUGCUACAAAUAGAUCCAAAGGAUCGCCCUUCUGCAGCUGAAAUUCUAAAGCAUCCAUGGAUUAGGGUAGACGGAAACGCGCCAGAUGAACCACUUGAUAUUACGGUGAUAUCAAGAAUGAAACAGUUCAAGGAUACAAAUAAGUUUAAGAGAGUAGCUUUGAAGGUGAUUGCAGAAAGUUUGUCAGAAGAAGAAAUUAUUGGUUUAAUACAGAUGUUCAAAUCCAUGGACACUGAUAACAGUGGAACUAUUACUUUUGAUGAACUAAAAGAAGGGCUAGCUAAAUUAGGUACCAAGCAAUCUGAAUCUGAAUUGAGACAAUUGAUGGAAGCGGCUGAUGUCGAUGGCAACGGUUCAAUCGACUAUGUUGAGUUUGUAACUGCUACAAUGCAUAUGAACAGAAUGGAGCGCGAAAAUCGUUUAUACAAGGCCUUCUUAUAUUUCGACGAGGAUAGAAGCGGAUACAUCACAAUGGAGGAGCUGAAACAUACCCUCCAGCAGUAUAAUGUAGUUGAUGACAAAUUGAUAAAGAAUAUGAUUGAAGAAGUUGAUGUGGAUCAUGAUGGAAAGAUCAACUAUGAUGAGUUUGUGGCUAUGAUGAGGAAAAAUAAUGCAGAAAUAAUACUUGGUGGAAAUCAUGGUAGAAAUUAACUGCAGAAAUAUGUCAUUUAAGUUUUAGUGAUUUGAGUGUAUGUUUUGGGGGCAUGAGGAAAUGAUGAAGAGAGUUAGAUUAGGACAUGUAUUUGUUUAGUAGCUAGAGACUUCCUUUAUAUCAACAAAUUAAAUGUAUGUACCCCUAAAACUUUAGUCUUUUACAAAUGUGGGAUACUUGAAGUUAUUGUAUGAGGAAGCACAAUUUUUGUCACAAAUCAUGCAUGUUGAAGUAAGUUCCGAAGGAUCAAAAUUGUAUGUAAUUUUAUUCAUUUUGAUCAAUAUGAUGUUCAUGUGAACUUGAAAUA